AUCUUUAAAUUAUUUAGAAACCGUUAAUUCAAAUACAUAUGCUUUGAAAACUUUAAAAAUUCUAAUGUGUUUGCCAUUAUUACCCAGUGCAGAAAUUGAACAAGGUUUUCUACUGACUAAAGCAUAUGCUAUCCACCACAACGUUCCAUUAACUAACCUGUUUGAAUAUUACCACAAUUACUGGAUACGACGAGUCGGAGUUAACAUCUUAUCCGUAAAUGGUGUCUCAAGAAGGACAAAUAACAACUUGGAGAGCUUUCAUAACUUUUUGAGACACAAGUUUUCCAUUGCACAUCCAAAUUUAUGGGUCUUUCUUGGUCAAAUAUGUGAGUUGAGCCAAAAGUACCACACUACAGUUACUCAAAUUUCCAAUGGYCUGCAACCAACAAGKAACCUUAAAACUAAGUACCUUCUUAACUCAAGGUUGAUAAAAAGGGCUGUUGAACAUCACGAAUCAGGUCUAUUAAGUGUAUGGCAAUUUCUAGUGAAAUGUUCAUACUCAUGUGCUGGCUAUGAAAGAAGGCAAAGACAUUGGGCACUAGGUAUUGAACAUGAUCAUGAGUCAAAUGAUGAUGUUUUGGAAGAUGACUUUGUUGAACCAGUUCCAGAAGUACCACAAAAUGCACCAGAAGUAGUACACAAUCCAAGGAAUUGUAUGGUUUGUUUAACUACUACUCCUGGUGAAAAUGUAGCUCAACAUAUAGUGUUGCCUUGUGGUCACGCCUGGGUGUGCGAAACUUGCGUUUCAGUGUUGGAUGGACAAUAUCAAAGAACGUGCCCAGUCUGUCGAGGAGAUGUACUUCGUUUCCAAAGAAUGUUUUUGUCAUAAAUAACAAUGUAAAUUAAAAUUUGAUAUUAUAU